GUCCAGAAAGAUCUGAAGGCUCAUGGCAUCCAUGUUUACCCCCAAGUAGACUUUGACGAUGAUCCAGAUGAUCGGCUUUUGAAUGAUAAAAUCCGGGAGAAAAUCCCCUUUGCAGUUGUCGGUGCAGACAAGGAACACCAGGUGAAUGGGAAGAAAAUCCUGGGCCGCAAGACCAAGUGGGGGAUCAUUGAAGUGGAAAACUCAGCCCACUGUGAGUUUCCUUUGCUGCGGGAUCUCUUAAUCCGGUCUCACCUCCAGGAUCUCAAGGACAUCACCCACAGUGUACAUUAUGAACAAUACCGCAUCCAGCGCCUCAACGAAAGCAACCGGCUGGCCAAAGGUGGCGAGUGGCUGUCACUGAGCUCUCUCACCUAUGAGCCACAGGGACAACAUGGCCUCCCUUGCACCGCCUCAGCCCCACCACCCCUCCAGUAGCCGGUGCAGAUUGGUUUCCCCUUCCUUCCUUCUUUUUUUUUGUGGAGGGGGGAAAAAUCAGCUGGAGCAAUUAUCCCAGAAGACAUCACAGUCCCUCUGUAGCCCUCAUGUUUUUUUCUCAGCAUCUAUGCCCCACUACUGGACACUUUUCUUUCCAUCUGUCUUCCAUCCAGUUUCACAAUUUGGAGAGAAGAGCAAUGCUGGAACGGCUGGCCAUUUAGCCCACCUGUUCACAUUCUUUGCCAUCGGCACCAUCUUUUUUGGUGACCUCUGCUUCUCCGCUAAACUCUGUGCCUCAUUCAGGAAAACCUCCAUGCUGCCCUUGGAAGCAGGUUCAGAUGUUUGGAUGUGGGCCCACUGUCCCUAGCAGACCUCCUUCCUUCCUUAUCCCAGAUCCUAAUUCUUUCCUUAGUUUCAUCCUAAAGCUAGCAGCUCGGUGGCACUUCCCCGUCACACUUAUGGGGUGGGGGGUGGGGGGCGAGAGACCCCGAAGGUUUUACGUCAGGUCAAACAUGGAGCUCACAAACUCUGUUAGCCCAAGUGGUGACUCUUUCUACGUGGUAGAUUGUCCCAAACUGGGAGGUUGGUAGCUGUAAGAAGGUAUGAGAGGAAAUACGAUCUUCAGGUGAAGGGCCAACAUUCCUAUGUGACUUGGGCUGACUGACAGCACCUAAAUUACUCAUCUGGAAAGUGUUUAGACAACAGGAGGAACAUUGCGUAUUACAAGCAAUCUUCUCCCAAGAGACCUGUGUCACCUUGUACAAUGUUUUGAGCUUUUGACUGUGGAAUGCUCUUUCUGGAUAUAUCUCAUCCUGAGAUCCAUGGGUCUGGAACAAUGCAGAAGAUUAGUUCCAGCCUCGUCCAAUGUCAGUGCAGAAGAAGAGACCUGGGAAAGCUUUUCCAUUUUCCAGACUUUGCUCAACUGCCUAAGUUUUUUGUUCCCUCCAUGACAUUGACACUCCUGAGCAAAGGGCUCGUCUUGGUCAACUUGUGAGUCUUUCCAGUUAUUACAUUAAAUCCCAAUUUAGAAGGU